AUGUUCAGACAAACCCUUAGGUUGGGAACUAGAAUGAGGCAUAGUCCCAAAUUCUUGGGCACUUCCCAGAUGGUGGAACAGUUUCCUUCCAUUGCUGCGAGAAAGUAUUCUAACCAUCCAUCGUCAUCGUUCAAUAACGAUGGUGGCCCCAAAGUCAGGCAUUUCCUUUUUGUAGGACUUGUAGGUACUAUGCUUUUCGUUUUGGUCGUCAAUAAAAUCAACGAGCAAGAUCCUAAGACUUCAUUGGCCAAGAAAAAGAAUACCUAUUCAGAGCAAGAAUGGGAAAGUUAUGUCGCCGGUCUUAAACGUAAGAAGCAAAGGUUUGAUUCUUCAUCGAACAAAGAAUUUUAUGCCGUUCCAUUUGCUAAUAAAAACCCCAAACAGAUUGAAAACCUGAAGCGUAAAGUCUCUAAGUCCUCUUCCCAGGAAGAUGUUGGUGUGGUUGAUAUAAAUGAACUCAUUGCCAAACAAAUGAACAAUUCAGAAUCAGCCUACGGUCUUUUAUUGAAGACAACUCUUGUGGAGAAUGACCCAAGUUCCCAAUCCUGUACAUAUUCUUUCAAUUGGAAUUUGGCUAAAGGUAUCUUCUCCAAGCUUGUUUGUGAUGAGUUGACUAGAAUGAUCAAUGAAUCUCCUCAAUUGGACCGAUUUCUGUUGUUGAAUUUUCCAAAUAACUUGCCAGAGGCAAUUAAAUUCGAACAAGAUGUUGCUAACAUCACUGAGUUAAUCGUCUUCAAUGAAGAGCAAAAAGAGGACGUUGUUGUCAAGUAUUUUGACACUGUUGAUAAGGUCUCAAUCAGCAAAUAA